AUGGGCUUGGCAGCAGCAGAUUCCCAGUUCCAUGUUCUUGCUGUUGAUGAUAGCUUGAUUGACAGAAAACUCAUUGAGAGACUGCUCAAGACUUCUUCUUACCAAGUUACUACAGUUGAUUCUGGCAGUAAAGCUUUGGAAUUUCUUGGCUGGCAUGAUGAAGAUGAGAGGAACAACUCCAGUGAAGAAACCUCUGUUUCUCCUAAAAACCAUCAGGAAGUGGAAGUAAAUCUUGUAAUUACAGACUACUGCAUGCCUGGGAUGACCGGCUAUGAUUUGCUCAAGAAAAUGAAGGAAUCAUCAUCUCUGAGGAAUAUACCGGUGGUGAUAAUGUCAUCUGAAAAUGUACCUUCAAGAAUCACCAGAUGCUUAGAGGAAGGAGCAGAGGAAUUUUUCCUGAAGCCGGUGAGAUUAUCAGAUGUGAACAAGCUGAAGCCCCAUAUGAUGAGGACCAAAUGCUGCAACAAGGAUGAUGAUGAUGAUAUUCAAAAUCAAAAGCCUGAAAACCUGGAAAAGCAAGAAAUCAAUGGAGAAGAAAUUCAAACUGUGCUACAGUUACAGCAACAGCAACAGCAACCAUCACAAACCAAUAAUAAUACCAACAAGAGGAAGUCUAUGGAUGAAGGCCUCUCACCAGACAGAACAAGGCCCAGAUACAAUGGUCUCACUGUCAUGUCCAAUUAAUUAUUUUCUAAUAUCUCUCUCUCUCUCUCUCUCUCAAAUUUGAACCCUUUUUUUUAUUAUUAUUUUUAAUAUUUUCUUUUCUUUUUUUCUAGUUUGAUUUGAGGUUUAAUACACCAUGAAGAGAUAUGUAUAGGGAGGAAAAAAAGGUGGGAAGAAAUUUGUACAAUUUUUACAUGAGAAGAUUUCCACCCAAUUUUGUAUUUACUAAUUUAGGAAAAAAAUGAAAAAAAAAAAACAAAUACUUUUUUCAUCGUGGAAAAA